AUGGGUUCCGGUUCUCGAAAAGGACCAGGAGGAACUGCCAGAGGCGGAAACAGAGGUGGAGGAGCGCUGGCAAGAGGAAGAGGAAACUUGCAACCGAGAGGCGCUUUUGUCAGAGACGGGCCCAAUAAGCAAACAUGGGUCAAUUUGGUGCAAUAUCUCAGCCAAAGAAAAUUGCUUCCGGCUGUGGUUUUCGUGUUUUCAAAGAAAAGAUGCGAGGAGUACGUGGACACGUUGAGCGGAGUCAAUUUUUGCAAUGCUAAAGAGCGCUCGGAAAUCCACAUGUUCAUAGACCGUGCUGUUGCACGGUUGAAAAAAGAAGACCGGGAGUUGCCUCAGAUUUUGAGCAUUCGAGACAUGUUGAGCCGUGGUAUUGCCGUCCAUCACGGAGGCUUAUUGCCAAUUGUGAAAGAGUGCAUUGAAAUUUUGUUUUCCAAGUCUUUGGUCAAGGUUUUGUUUGCCACAGAAACUUUCGCCAUGGGCUUGAAUUUGCCCACAAGAACAGUGGUGUUUUGUGAAUUGCGUAAGCACGACGGUAGAGGUUUCAGAAACUUGCUUCCCGGUGAGUUCACGCAGAUGGCUGGAAGAGCAGGAAGAAGAGGUUUGGAUUCUACUGGUACGGUGAUAGUAAUGUCUUACAAGCAGCCGCUUUCCCCCACAGAUUUCAAAGAGGUGACAAUGGGCGCACCUACUAAGUUGCUGUCUCAAUUCAGAUUAACCUAUAACAUGAUUUUGAACUUGUUGAGGAUCGAGGCGUUGAGAGUCGAGGAAAUGAUCAAACAUUCUUUCAGUGAAAACUCUACGCAGACGCUUUUGCCAGAACAUAAGCAUAAAGUGGAUGCCUUAACAGAAGAGUUGGGUUUGUUGAAAAUUGAUGACACGGACGACUUGGACAAAUAUGAGGAGGCAUACGAGCUUUUAGCGGAAUAUCAACGGGUCUACAGCCGCAUAGUGUCUGAGGUUGAAACGCUGAGCAUCGCCAGAAACUAUCUUCUCAAUGUUGGAAAACUUGCAGUUUUCAGAGACCAGGACGAAGUUCUUCGGUUUGGCUUUUUGUUUAAGGUGGACUCUGUCAACAAGAAAAUUGUGUUCUUGACAUUCAACCACGGAGAGAAGUACGAGCAGUCGAGCAAAGAGUAUGCCAUCCCGUACAUUCCUGUGAAAGACUUCCUCAAGAAAACCAUGGAAAACAUUCAUUUCAAGGGGGACUUGAGAAUGACCAGUGUUCCAUUCGAGCUGGUUCAGUUUGUGAGCAAAUACAAGUUGAAAAUUAGUAUCCGAUCGAUUUUGCAGAAUGAUCCACAGGCGAUUAAGGAUACAGAGGAUGUCAUUAAGACUAUCAUCAAUUUCCAGUACAAAUUGAAAGAGGUUCUGUACGACCAGGCGAUGCAUCUUUCCCUACACGAAUUAGUUGCAAAGAAGAACAACGUUUUGGAAAAGUUCUCGCAAAAGGACGUAUACAGUCGGCCAAAUUUCAAAACUAUAUACUCACAGCUCCACAAGAGGGCGUCGAUCAAAAAGAACAUCGAAUCUUUGAACAAGUUGAUCUCGGAUGAAAACUUGGAAUUGCUCCCCGAUUAUGAACAGAGAUUACAGGUCUUGGAGCGCUUGGAUUUCAUUGAUAAAAACCAGAACGUGGCCUUGAAGGGCCGUGUGGCGUGUGAAAUCAACUCUGGAUGGGAAUUGGUGUUGACGGAGUUGAUUUUGGAUAACUUUUUGGGUGACUUUGAACCGGAGGAAAUUGUGGCGCUCUUAUCUUGCUUUGUGUAUGAAGGCCGUUCGAAAGAAGAGGAGCCCGUUCCUAUGACUCCAAGAUUGGAGAAAGGUCGUGGACGUAUUUUGGAGAUUUCUGAAAAGUUGUUGAAGAUAUAUAACGAGUAUCAAGUGUCGCUCACUACAGAAGAGGAAGAGUUUCUUGAAAGAAACCGGUUUGCAUUGUUGAACGUGGUAUAUGAGUGGGCCCGUGGGUUGUCGUUCCGUGAGAUUAUGGAAAUUAGCGUAGAGCUGGAGGGAACAAUUGUGCGGGUGAUUACUCGGUUGGACGAAAUUUGCCGGCAAGUCAAGGACGCCGCUUUGAUUGUGGGCGAUUCCCUGUUGCAUUCGAAAAUGUCCGAAGCACAGGAGCGUAUCAAGAGAGAUAUUGUCUUUUGUGCGUCGUUGUACCUUUAA